CUAUAUAAGUUCAUUUAGACGCAUUGACAGAGUUGGUUAUAUUCAAAACGAAAUCAAAAGAUUAUGACAUCGUUAAAGAGUUUGUUAACUUGUGUCGUCUGCGUGUCACAAAUUUGGCUGCCGGUGAGCGCCUUCCUCGGACUAUCAGCAUAUCCACCAAGGCUAGGUUAUGGGGAUAAUUCUGUGUUCGAAGACGGAGAGGCUAGGAUGGACUACGCAAGUGACAUGUCAACAAUUUAUGAUUUAUUAAGAAAGAACACGAAUAUCAUUGAAGGGGACAUGAAGAGAGAGCCAGUUUAUCUAGGACAGAAACUAACAACAGAGGGGAAACCUUUAGUCUUGUCUGAUUUAGUUCUUGAUACAGAGACAGCACAAGGUAGAUCGUUAACGAAAAGAGACAGUUGUUUUCAAAAAUAUAACAAUAUAAAACUGAUUAAAAAAUGCUUAGCAAAUAAAGGAUAGUUUUGUAGUGAAAAUAGGAACUUAUGAAGGAUGUAAAUGCGUGCUUUAUGAAAGCAUAUGAAUAAAUUUGUUACGAAAACAUACACACUUUUGAUUCACAAUAGUGUAAAGAGAAUUAAGGAUUUAAUGACUUGUUAGGUUUUUUUGUAUAAACAAUCACUUGUUAGUUGUUUUUAUAAGAAAUGUGGAUUUACUCUAUUGAAUCGCAUAUUUGUUGAUAACUUGAAUUAAUGAAAAAUAUAUAUUAG